UUUUAGAUUGGAGAGCCAGUUCCCCAGAAUCGCACUCCCAGUAUAAAAGCCGAACCACUCGCUUCUAAGUCGCGCAACAAUUAUAAUUAUCGCAAGAGGAACUGCAGUUGGAAACCGCGAGACAAUAGAAAACAAAAACGCAGCAAAUACCGUACAAAUCGGAAACGUUUAUGGCGCGCCAGGAGAAGAGGAAAAACCAGCGCCCCGCCGCCCCCGCCUCUCAACACAAAAACAACAACAACCAGAAACAGAGCUAACACAAAACUGAAACAAGAAUCAUAUAUUUUUCCUAUCAAUUUUGUAUGGUUAAAAAACGCUCCAUUGAUUUAUUUCGAGCGCACUGCCAGAGUUUUCAAGCUUCUUAAGACGUUGCCAGCUGUUUCUACCGCCCUCCGUUUCCCAUUCUUCCCUCCUUCGUCAAACGAAAGCGAGAGCGCGGUCAACGUCCUGCGUAGAGAGAAACCGCGGGAAGGCGAUAAAAGCAAAGGUGAGCGAAAGGACACCGGCAGCCUCUUCUUCUUCGCCGCUCCCCAAAUAAAUACAGAGGAAUUUUGAAGUGGCAAAAAGUUGUUAAAGAUAAGGUCCAAAGACCGGCAAUCGUAAUCAGCAACGUAAUCCCCCGCGAACCAGAAAAAUAAGCCAAAAUGCGCCUGUUUCCAGUCCGAUUCUCCGCUGCCUCGUCCUCGAUGGCGAGCUUGGCCAAAAUGCUCGACUUUUACUCUGGCUUCAACCCGUCGCCCCUCUCGAUAAAGCAGUUUAUGGACUUUGGUCAAAAUGCAUGCGAAAAGAAGUCCUACAUUUUUCUGCGCAAGGAGCUCCCAGUUCGACUGGCGAAUAUCAUGAAGGAGAUCGCCCUCCUGCCAGACAACCUUCUGCACACGAGGUCCGUGAGCGAAGUGAGCUCCUGGUACGUCAAAAGUUUCGAGGAUGUGCUGGUGUACGAGAAGGCCGAGCCAACGCAUGACAAUCUGCAAAAAUUUGUGGCCGAUUUAGAUCUCAUUAGAAACAGGCACAACGACGUGGUGCAGACGAUGGCUCAGGGAGUGAUCGAAAUGAAGGAGAACGAGGGGGGCCAAGUGGACGCUCCCACCGAGAGCUCCAUUCAGUACUUUUUGGAUAGGCUGUACAUGUCGCGAAUCAGCAUUCGAAUGCUGAUUAACCAGCACACCCUGCUCUUCGGAGGAAAUCCCCACGCGGGUGGCCGGCACAUCGGUUGCCUCGACCCCGCCUGCGAUCUGUCGGACGUGGUGCGCGAUGCUUAUGAGAACGCCCGCUUCCUGUGCGACCAGUACUACCUGACCAGUCCGGCGCUGGAGAUCCAGCAGCACAGCAGCGAGCCCGGAGACAACCUGCCCAUACGCACAGUGUACGUGCCAUCGCACCUGUACUACAUGCUCUUUGAGCUCUUUAAGAACUCCAUGAGAGCGGUGGUGGAGCACCACAACCAUGACAACAAUGACACCCUGCCCCCGCUUAAGGUGGCCAUCUGCCAAGGCAAAGAAGACAUUUGCGUGAAGAUCUCUGACCAGGGCGGCGGCAUUCCCCGCUCCCAGACCGACCAGCUCUUCAAGUACAUGUACAGCACGGCACCGCAGCCCUCGAAGUCGGAUCUGCACACGGUUCCUCUGGCGGGCUACGGAUAUGGUCUGCCGAUCUCAAGGCUGUACGCCCGCUAUUUCCAUGGUGACAUUGUGCUGCUCUCCUGUGAGGGAUUCGGCACCGACGCGAUCAUUUAUCUAAAGGCUCUGUCCGACGAGGCCAACGAAUUGCUGCCGAUCUUCAACAAGACAAGCUCAAAGUUCUAUCGCGCCACCGUGCCCACGGGUGACUGGUCCAAUCAGGUAAAGCACCCUAAGAAGAAGAAGACGAGCGCUGUCAGCCAGUAGACGUGUGAAAGUCCAUAACGAAAAAAGCAAGAAUGAGAUUGGAAAUGAAACGAACCCGCCUGGCUGUGUAAAAAGUUUGCGCCACCCUGCACCAAUUGAAUUCAACCCAAUCCCAGCAAGCCAGCAACCCUCUUCCCACACCCGCAACCCAGUCAAGUGAAAAGUGUUUAUUUAUUGUUUAAUGUCAUGUUAAUGUUAAAUACGAGUUCUGUUUGUAUGUGCCCCAACUUCCCCAACCGAUUGUUUUUCGCAAACUGCUUUUAAAUAUUGUCAUUUAACAUUUGACAUUCCACAAACAUUUUUGGCCUUUUUAAAGCGGGCUUAAGUUCUUUUUAAUUUUUGUUGGGAAGCGAGUGGCGCAGCGCCCUUGGCUUUAUAAUUACGUUUGUAGCAACUAAAAUCCAAAAAUAUUUAUAUAUACACACAUAUAUACACGAAAAUCGUACAUACUCUAACUUUUACAGAUGUUUUGAAACAUUUACGAAAUUAGCUUUAAAUUGUGGAUUUUAUUUGGGCUAAAGCCCGAACUGCAUGCAACGUUAAAUUACAUUUAUCUUUUUAAGCACAUUAUUUAAAUUUAUUGGUUAAGAAAUACAAUUUUAAACAAAUAAACUGGAACGUCUACACCAAAACUAGUUGAUUUGUCAACCCA